AUGGAUCAUUCAGAGACUUCUGGAAAGCCAUUGAAUGAACGGGUGGAAGAGAUAGAAAGACGUAUCGUGCUCUUCGAGGACCUUUUCCAUGCUUUCAGUAGUAGACUAGACAAGCAUUUUGAAAAAUAUGAUAAAUUGAUCCAUUCUCAACAGAAACAAAUCACUGAAUUGAAUAACGUAAUUGGAAUCCUGGUGAACGAUCAAGCUCAUCAUGCAGAGCAUCUAAGAAACAAAUUGACAAAUUCUUUGAAUAUUCAUCAUGGGGGGUCCACUACAAACACAAAAGCAGGAAAAGUGACUUCGUUACCAUCUAAUAGCUCAAGCAGAACAAGUAUCUCUCAAUUAGUAGUAAACCCACCUACUCAUGAGACGGCUACUAACCCAACUGAUGAUAUGUUUAAUGACUUAAUCGACGAGAAUCAUAGGGUUGAUGAUUCUAGUAUUGUAUUACCUUUGCAAAAAAGCGUAUUCGAUCAUAAACGUCGACACGAUGACAGUGGUGAGAACGAACCAUUUAAACCAGCUUCAGCAAUAAUUACAGAUCCGAAGGAUUUAAUAGAUAAACCAAACGUCAAUCCUUUAGGGGAAGUCUACAAACCUGCGCCAGGUACAUUCCAUCAUAUCGCAUCUGAUGAAGCUUUAAAUACAACAAGCGAUCAACUGGUCAUAUUACAAGGUGUAACUGCCAGUUCUACUGGGGCCCCAGAUUUUGGACCUGCUACCAAGAGAGCAAAGUAUAUCCCCAACAGAAAUGAACCUUUCAAGUUUCUUAAAUCUCCUCAUUCGGUUUUGGAUGUCUGGAAAGAAUAUACUAGUGGUAUACAGGGACAACCGUCCAUUAAAGAAAUGGAAACAAUAUAUCAAGCAACUUGGAGACGAGACUCCGCUACAGGGAAACGGUACUCCAGACGUAAACCAUUAUGGAAAGCUAUAGAGAUUGGGUUGGCAAGAGGAUAUACCUUGGAGUACAUAAUUGAUAUAUUGGAGAAUGCUAGGUACGUAGAUGAAGCCAAAAAAGCCAAACAUCCGAUAGGAUGGCUUUCUCAAACAACCAAUAUCCCAGAUAUUCUCAAAUAA